CUCAAAGGUAGCAGCAGGAAUAGCGGUAACGUACUACUACAGUAUGACAGCGUGCUGCUUCUGUGAUUACCUACCAAUACUGACGGAUAGUAAUGUCGAAAAACUUCCGGAACAGUGUUAAGAUGCCACAUGGCUGCAGUGGGGGCCAGCGGGGUGCUGAUUGAUGGCCCUGCAGUUGAGACGGCCUGGCUGUCAUGACUGCGAUCAUUUGGAUGCUCACAUUGCUUCCUCAGGUCCUACCAGCCAUGAGUGAACUUCCUACACCUUACAAUGUGAAAGUGAACUCGAGUCAUUUCAUUCAUCUGUUGACUUGGGAGCCUGGACCAGGGACGCCCCGAGAAGCCUACUACAAUGUCUCAGUUUGCUCAGCGCAUGGCACAUCCUGGGAGCCGGUGAGCGGCUGUGAACAUGUCAAGCAGCCAUUGUUGUGCAACUUAACCGAGGCCUUCCCUGACCUCGAAAUGGCCUACUACAUCAGUGUCACAGCAGCACUCGGGGACCAAGCCUCACAGCCAGCCUACCAAAAUGACUUUGUACCCCUCAGAGACACUGACCUAGACCUGCCCCUGCUGACUGUCACUCCCUGUGACAGAGAUCUAUGUGUCAGCCUUCAUCCUCCUGUGGAGCACCUCAGGAAGGUCUAUGACUCCUUCCAUUACAACCUCUCGGUCAAGAGCAGCAGCGCUGACACACCCAAGUUUUUUGAGACCACGUCCCUGAAGGGAGAGAUCUUGAAGAAUGUGGCCCCUGGCAGACAGUACUGUGUCUCAGUCAGCUUGUCUAAAAAAAACACGGUGCGUGCGGUGUCCAACUUCAGCCAACCCCAGUGUGUCUCCACCACUGGCAUCCACUCUGCAGACGCACAGGUGUCAGCAGGGCUCUGUUUGUUUGUGGUGCUCAUUCUGGUCAUCCUGGGCCUACUAGUCCAAACUAAAUACAUCUGUCUCAGAGAGCCACUGCCAGCAGUCCUGACAUCCAUCAAGCACACAGAGGAGAUGCUGGUCCCUUCACCCUGCUGUACAACCUCUUAUUCCCUUAUACAUAUUGAGCCAACACUACCCUCUAGAGGUGAAACAGACAAUAACAUGUCAGAUGACAGCGAUGGGGAAAUAGACAUGGGGAGCACUACUGGGAGCAGGGGAGGAGACUAUAAUCUGCAUGCAGGCAUUAACCUCUCAGCUCCCUCCUCCUCCUGCCUGUCCUCUCCUUUGUGCCUUGAGCCUGCACGGCCGCCAAAUUCCUCCCCAAGCCUCAACACCUCGCUCAACCCAUCUGACAUUUUGGUUCCAGACUCUGAGCUCAACCGACUUUCAGUAUCAGAGCAACAGCCACAAGCUUUGAUUUCAGCAAAUAUCCAGUUGUUCGCAGGAUCAGACUGUGCACAGACCACAUGGACAACCUCACAGCCUUCUGUUUGUGGGCCAGAAUGGGACCAAAGUGCUUUGGGGCUCCGUCCUCAUACAGACAGUUGUGAUACUUUGGUUGUAGAGGGAACCAAGCCAAAAGAGGAGGAGGAGAAGGAGGAGGAGGAGGAGGAGGUGAAAGAGGGGAGUGGCCAGGGGGUGAACCUCCUCUUGCUAACCUUCGGUGGGCAUGAGGGGGAAGAGGAAGAGAAGGACAAACCAGGUGUGGAAAUGUCAGAGGUGGGAACAGCAUGUCACUUUGAGAGAGAUGAGUCCUGUUUCAGUACCACUCCCCUCCUGCCCUCACAACCUUCUCAUGCUCAGGAAGCUGCUAUACAAAUGGAAGCCACUUUUGCUGACAAGAAGGAGGAUGACGAGGACGAGGAUGACAAUUUCUCUGCUUACCUGAGGUGCGUCCAUGAAUGGAAGAUGGGGUGGUGGACACCAUUACUUCUGCAUUUACACCUUGUGGCAGGUGUGUCUCUGCCUGCCCCUGUCAAUGUGUCCAUAGAUUCCCUAAACAUGGAACACACACUCAACUUCCUGCCAGGCCUGGGGACUUCAGCCGACGCACACUUCAGAGUUCAAAUACUCCGCUUCAGGAGGAGGAACUCAUGGAAGCCUGUGGCCGGUUGCUUGGAGCUGGCAGCCACACAGACUUGUAACCUAACCGGAGAGUUCACGGAAACGCUGCAACAGUACCAAGCCCGUGUCCAGGCCUUUACACCCACCCAGGAAUCAAACUGGACAUUAACAGGGCAUUUCACACCAUAUACAGACACUGUGCUGGGCCCUCCUAAGGUGUCUGUGUCUGGCUGUGGGAACUGCUUGCUCCUGCAGGUCAGUCCUCCCACAAGCGGGUCGAUCCAGCAGAACAAACAGCUCCAGAAUCUGUACAGUGGGCUCCUCUGUGUGGUGCGCAGGACCAGGGAUGGUGCUCAGUUCAGCCUCAACUUAGCAUAUGAAGAGGAGAUUUUGAUUCGCUACCUGCAGCCAGGGGUGGAGUAUUGUGUGACGGUCACCGUGACAGCGACCAUCAACAGCAAUUCUAUGCCCACUGAACCCCACUGCGCCUUCACCGGCCCUCCAGCCAGCAGCUCAGUGCAUGUUACCCUCAGCCUGCUGUGUGUGUUCUGUGUGCUGCUGGUCCUGCUCGUUGCAAUGGUUGUCUACGGUGGUCACCUGACCUCCAAGUUAUCAGGGCAGCGCCCACCUGGAGCUCUGUCAUACAUCCCCUUCCAAGGCCAGGGUGAUGGACGUGCACAGCCUGAACAGUCCAACCAGGCCCUGGCCUCUCAGACACAUGACGAUAGCCCUGCUGACACGCACCACUCUGAUGAUCCUGUGCUGAGGAGCAGCUCGGCCGUGGCAGAAGGUGGCAGUGGUCCAGCUGCAAGACAGUGUGUUUAAGGUGGAUAAAGAGGUCGUGUAGAGGCUAUGUACAAGAAUCAGGACAACUGGUUUGAUGUGGAGGAAGAUGUCAGGGUGAGGGGUGCAUGAGGUGCUCGAGCUGGAGGGCAAUGCUAGGAAUUUGAUUUAGGAUCACUGGUCUUUAUGAUAUGGGUGAAGGCAGCAAUUUGAGUCAACUGUUUUGGAUGGUGGGAACUGAAGGCAUGUUUGUUGGCUGUGAAACUGUAUAGUUUAUCAUAAUUAUGUGCACCAGUGUAACCAAGAAAUUCUUUUAGACUGUGGGUUAACUUGUGGUUGGUGAUUCAAAUAAUUGUGACUAAGUGACUGGAUCUGAUGAGUGGGAGUCCUUCAGUACUACUUCAGUG